GCGGAAAAAGUAAAGUUGUCUGAAUACUUUUCGAAUGCACUGUAUUUACAAUUCUACUGUAUUAACUUGAUAAUAUCACAGAAUUUCUAAACACCAGGACCAACAUCGCAAUACUUCCGGGAAAGCUUUGCGAAGCAGACUCGACCGACCAGACAUGGGUUUGGGGUCUGCAAGUCAAUGGGAGAAGUGAAAAAUUCUUCCAUAGUUGUUAAUUUUCCUUAAAUCUAAAGGCACAKCCUAGAUUCAAGCCAAUGUCUGAAGUAGCUGAACAUGUUAUUACUCCAACGUUGUGAAAGUGACAAACUGACACAUUUUCAUUUUCAUCAAAAACAACUUAACGUCGAAGGAGUGCCUUUGAUUUGAUUGCCUGCACAUGUGCAGUUCGGCACGAGACUACCGUUAGACCUGAUGACAUGUUUCUGCGCAUGAGCUUAGCUAACCAACGUCGCCAUGACAUCGCCUACAAGCAUUUCUAUUGGAGAAGCAGUUAUCMUCAUACUGUACUGUCUUUGAUAAUAUUAAGUUCGUUUGAGAUUGUUCACUGUGUUCAGUCUGAGGUGUGUCUGUCUGUGUGUGUGUGCUAUGUGCAUGUGURCGUGUGUGUGUGUGACUCCACAGAAGGGUCAGGGUGUGAUCGACGGGGAGGACCUGCAGGACGUGUGUCAUCAGUUUAACCUGGACCUGAGUGGGCCGGUGCUGGAUGACUUGAUGGAGUACUGUGACAUGGACAAAGAUGGACUCAUCAACUUUCAGGAGUUCGCCAACUUCCUCAACUGGAAGGACAAAAUGCCCAUCAGUAAAGRGGAGCAGCGUAUUCUGACCAGUGAGUGUAAGAUCAGCACAGCCCRAGAUAACAUGCAGAGAGAGGCUCUCCCUGUGAGACCUGCAGCCUCAGAGGCUUUGGCCAGACCGGAGGACCGGGAACCUGCAGAGACUAUCGUAUGUACGGGACUCCCACAGUGCGCGUCAGCGACAGCACUAACUACGGUGACCAGACCACYGCCUUUGACKUCCUGUWUCCUACGCUGUCCUCCCUAAGGGGAGUCCACAUGGAGCACUUCUUCUGUCCCCGCACCUAA